AGUUCGCGACCGACAGCGCACGUGCGCGGUUGUUAUACGCACGCAGAAGGCAUCUGUCGCACGACCAACUAAUACAACCAAAACUGUUCUUAUUUUAAAUUAGAAGUUAAAAAGACGACAGCGCUAUGAAGUGUCUGAGACUUUUGUCGUUGACUGUCACGAUACUGGUGAUAUGGAGCCCGUCGGCACGCUGUCGCAAUGUCACCACGGAAGACAUCCGAGACGCGAUGCUUUCUCUUAUUCACAUGUUCCGUGUAUCAGAAGACAAGCUGGAGCGACACGAGUUCCGCGAAAGGAAUUUCGGGGAGCAACUAAAAAAGAUGGUCGCUGGAUUGGAGAAGAGGCAUCGGGCGCUCGAACCCAUGAAAGGCACCGUAUCGAGACUUGAUGAGAGAUUGUCUAAUGUUGAGACGAUACUUUUACAAAAAGAGGAAAGAGAGAAAGAACAGCGAAAAAAGACUGAGGAAACACUUGAUGAAAUAAAGAAAUCUAUUCAAACACUCACAGCCACAGUAACUAAAAAUAUCAAAGCUAUCAGCACAACUUCAGACAUAGAGAACAAUUUAACCACGAAUGAGGACUCCGUAAAUAAAAGACUUGAUAGCACGGAUCAAAAAUUAGACCUAAUACAGAAAGAGAUUGAAGUAUUGAAGAAAAGUUUGAGCAAGGAAGCUUUGCACACCAUGUGCAUGGGCAUCGUGACCGAGGUGAACCCUUUCGGACGUCACAUCACUGAGGCAGAGAAACUGUUGAACAAAUACGAACUGAAAUUAAACGAAUAUAACGAGACCGUGAACAAGGUGCCCACAGACUUCGUUCCGCUCAGCGAAGUUGCUCUCGCUGAUGAAGCCUGGCAUAACAAGAUGACUACCGUGAUGGAACGCCAAGAAGCAGAUAUUAAGAAAAUUCAACAAUUGCUCUCCGAUGCUGAAAGCACAUGGAAGGAGCUUCCUCGGCGCUCAGAGUCGCAGCUCGCUUUGAAUCUUACGUUAGAGGGAAUUGAAAGUAUCAAACAUAAUCUUACAGAAAUAGAGGAGUAUUCUGUAUCAAAAAUAACGAACAAACUUCGCGAAAUGAGCGAUCGCCUAGCGGCCACCAACGAAGACAUUCAGAACAGUCUGACACAGAGCAACACAAUGAGUGAGCGCGCAUACAACGACAUCUCAAGCAGCUACGGCACAUUGCUUACAGAGGUCCAAGCCCUCUCAAAGAAUGAACAUGUGAUAUUACAAACAGCCGACAACGUGAUCGCAAACAAAAAGCGGAUUGACCACGGUAUACAUCUGAUACUGCUGGAGAUGAGGGAUCUGGUCCGUGGCCAGACCCUGCAUUUGAAUAAAACGCUCGUCGACAGGAUCAAUGAGACGGAGUCGUCGAUAGUGAGCAGCCAAAUGGGCGCGAUGGUGGCUUUGACUGGCAAGAUUGAGUCUGAGAUGACACAAGUUUGGCGCCAGAUCGGCAUUAUGUACCAGCAGCUAACUGCCAGCAAAGCAUCGCUCGACAAGCUUACGGGACAAACUGAGCAAUACGUUAAUAGCAGCGCGGCUACUCUAGAAAGCAUGAAUGAUAAAGUGGGUUUGAUUACGACACGUAUGACUGAAGUGGACGAUAAUUUGAAUUAUUUACUAGGAAGGUUGUCUCUUGUGACACAGGAGUUCAGCCAGAUUAAGACUGGUCUUGGCGACGCAUUGGACAAAGCAAAAUCUAAUCUGAAAACUGUACAAUCACAACUUGACAAUGGCGGCGCAGGUCCCCACAACAUCGACAACGACGAGAAAUCAACACAGUGAAAAUAAAUUAAAUUUGUACCAAAUAAUGUAGAUCUAAUAAUAAAUAUUACAUAAGCUCUAAACUAACUAGAUAUUAACAUGAUUGUAAUUUGACUGAUUUAGAAAAUGUUUUAUUUGUCAAAAAUAAAAGUCUUUAAAUAACUUUUGCAAAUAUUUAAUCUCUUUCAUAAUUGUGGUUCUAUAAUAUUUAUAUUGUACAAGUUAUGUUACAAUUAAAUUUACUGUGACAAAUAUCCAAAUGUCACAAGUAAGCGCACAAAAUCAACAAAUAUACAAACUGACAAGGAUUCUGUUGACUGUUAGAAAUCGUGAAUUGAACUGUACAUAUAAUCAUACAAUUAUAAUUUUAUUGAUCUUAAAAUUAUACAGGAAAAUUAUUUGUCUCAUUUUUAAUUUUAUUAAAACCUGUUUACAACCUCAAUUUCCUAUGUGCAAUAUUAAUAAAUAAACUCACCUAUUCCGACAAACUAAUCUAAUUCAAAGUCUGUGCCCUUACAAACCUUUAAUUUAAUUUAUAAUAAUUUUCAAAUCGUGAAAACAAAAAUUGUUAUAUAACAUGAUUUAGCUAUUUGUGUAAUUGUUCUCCAAAAAGAAUGCUACUAAAUUCACGUUUAACAAUUUUUAUAUAAUCCAUAAUAUUUCUGAGCCACAAAAUUACGCCUAAACCUAAAAACAAACUUAAGUCUCUUUUCCACCACCUACAGUCUUCUUCGAAGUUUGUGUAUAAUAUUCAUGAAUAAACAACAGGUUUUUGAGAUGCCAUGAUAGAUGACAUUAAUUACGGAAAAAUAAAGUAAUUCUUGAGUUAUUAAAAAAAUAUUUUAAUAUUAUACAAAUUUUAAAUUAGUGAUAAAUACAAACAAUUCUACAUUAAAUUUUCGAGGAAAAUUUUAUUAGGCAAUCAGCAUCCAUUCGCCACAAAAAAGUAUCUAGUUACCAAGCUUAAUCCAUAAAACAAAACGAACAACAAAUUUCAACGGAAUUUCAUUUGACCGCCGAUAAAACCUAAUUUUUUUAUUGAUUUAUUCCAAAAAUUACAUAUUAUAAACAUAUUUUAUUUUUAUUGCUUUUCUACCUAAAAAACAUGGCGCCCAUCGAAAUUCCAUCAUUUGCAGUGCGAUUGUAUAACUUUGGUGGGAAUAACUCCGCAACUGCACUGUUUCAUAGUAUAUUAAACAAAACUAUAAAACUGUUAAGUUUAAGCAAUGAUUACUACAUAAUAUUCUGUUUCGAUUAGUAGGUACCACGGAGCAAAUACAAAGAGGAGCGGCCUAAGUAACUGUGCAUUGUGAUUGUAACUAGGUCCUGACGUCAUCACAGUGGGCGUGGCUUUAGUAUACUGUCAGCGUUCGUCCUGUGCGCUAAUGUGUCGAAAGUAGCAAAUAGGUGUAUUUUCGUAGUAUUAAAACGAAAAGGAUGAAGUGUUGUGUUUUAUCGAGUAAAAACUACUCAGAUAGACGCUCUGAUGCUAUGGAUAGCAUCAUAUUUUAUUUGUAAUUUUAUAUCUAAUUUAUUAAAAUUGUUCUAAAAAUCUAUGCGUCGGCUUUCAAAUAUAAUUAAAUAUAUUCGACACUAGAUGGCGACACUUUGUGCAUGGGAAUUAAAAAUAUAAAGGUACGUAGAGCUCAGUAUUGGUAAAAUAAUCAUACAAAGGUGCUGAAAUUUGUUUUGCAUUCAGUCCUAAAGAAUAUUUAAUCGCCAAAAUAUGAUUUUUAUAGUUUUUACAAUCAUUUUUUGAAAGGGCCGCCAUCUAUCGUCAAGGUAGCUAAACUACAUUGCAACAUCGAUAUGGAACGAUGCGAGUGGUUUUCCUAUUUAUCGGUAGAUGGAAUUAGUUAAGUGGGCUCCGACUUAACACCCCCUCACCCCGCAAAUUGUCACGCGUUGUUAUAUAGUGAAAUCUAAUUACAACACCUCCUCUUUGUAUUUGCUCCGUGGCACGUACUUAAAUAAAUUAACGUAGAAAUUAUUUAAAAAAAAAACAUGUGGUAACACAAAACAUAAAUACAUAAAAGGCCUUACUUACAGAAAAAAAAGUUAAUAUGACUGUUAUUAUCAGGUGUUUAACACCCCUUUGACCUCAGUUUGACACUGCAAUAACUAAGUAUAUAUCAUAAAACAUGUUUAAACUGCAGAUACUUCUACUAAUACAAAUUAUUUUGUUUUAUAUUUUGCUUUAAAAUAAAAACAAUGAAUGUCUCCACAUAGUAAUUGUCAAAAAUAGUUCGAUUGGACAUAGGUUAAGGUUGUACAACAUCUAAUAACAAAGUAUUUCAUUUAAAAUUCACUUAAAGGUAAAUUUCUAAACACAUUCGUUGUAAUAAAACAGCCUAAAAUGGGUUAACGUUCAAAUAUUCACAUACUAACUUAAGUGCUUUAACAAAUCAAACAUUGCACCGGAAUGUAUGGAGAUUGCUUUAAUAUGUAUAAAAAGGAAUGUAACAUAAACCUAAGCGAACCAGUCGCUAAUGUCACUUCACUUAGGAAAACUUACUAUUUCACUAUAUUUUACCUAGAUAAUAUAUACUUACAUGAUGACUUUUAAUACAAACCCAUAAAAUUGACAACAACAUGCCAAAUAACUUUGUAUCCAAUAAAUGUAAAGAGGCAAAUUGGUAAUGGCAGUGGCAUGCCUAACACCCACACACAAAUAGCACUCGAUUUUUUUUACAUAUGAAUUACUAUUAUGUACACAGAUAUUAUUAAAUGUAUACUAUAUCAAUGCAAAAGAAUAUAUACAAACCUUAUUAAUAU